GAUGAGUAUGUGUUGAAUCCUCAAGAGAAGCGAGAGGAAGCAAGAAGGAGGGGGGGAAGGAGGGGAGGAGGGCAGGUGCUGAUUUCAGCCCUGUAGCGUCAGGAUUGCGUCAAUUCGGGUUUCAGCCACGUCUGGAGUCUCGGAGACAAGCUUCUCAGAAGAGCCAAAACAGGAACAGGGGCGGCAAAUCACCGAGCGAGGGCGAGUGGACCUCCCUCCUCGCCUCCUCCCUGUUCCAGGCGCUGGUCCCCUGGGCUCCGCGCUGUUGUUUUCAGGACUCGGAAAGCCAGCGCUUCAGUUCCAGACAAGCGAAUCAAACCAGGAGGUUUUCUGUUCAGCACCUCGGACAGAACACGCAGUAAAAAAAUGGCUCCGAUCACUAACAGCCGGGAAGAAUUUGAUGAAAUCCCCACCGUUGUGGGGAUCUUCAGUGCAUUUGGCCUGGUCUUCACGGUUUCUCUCUUUGCAUGGAUCUGCUGUCAGAGAAAAUCAUCCAAGUCUAACAAGACUCCUCCAUACAAGUUUGUGCAUGUGCUUAAGGGAGUUGAUAUCUACCCUGAAAAUCUAAAUAGCAAAAAGAAGUUUGGAGUAGAUGAUAAAAAUGAAAUAAAGAAUAAGCCAGCAGUGCCAAAGAAUUCAUUGCAUCUAGAUCUUGAGAAGAGAGAUCUCAAUGGCAAUUUUCCCAAAACCAACCUCAAAGCCAGCAGCCCCUCUGAUUUGGAGAAUGUGACCCCAAAGCUCUUUUUAGAAGGAGAAAAAGAAGCAGUUUCCCCUGAUAGCUUAAAGUCCAGCACUUCCAUUACUUCAGAGGAGAAACAAGAGAAGUUGGGAACCCUCUUCUUCUCCUUAGAAUACAACUUUGAGAAAAAAACAUUCGUGGUAAAUAUUAAGGAGGCCUGUGGCUUGCCAGCCAUGGAUGAGCAGUCAAUGACCUCUGACCCGUACAUCAAAAUGACAAUCCUCCCUGAGAAGAAGCAUAAAGUGAAAACCAGAGUGCUGAGAAAGACCUUGGAUCCAGCUUUUGAUGAGACCUUUACAUUUUAUGGGAUCCCCUACACCCAGAUCCAAGAAUUGGCCUUGCACUUCACAAUCUUGAGUUUUGACAGGUUUUCAAGAGAUGAUAUCAUUGGGGAAGUCCUUAUUCCUCUCUCAGGAAUUGAAUUAUCUGAUGGAAAAAUGUUAAUGAGCAGAGAGAUCACCAAGAGAAAUGUUAGGAAGUCUUCAGGACGGGGUGAGUUACUGAUCUCUCUCUGCUAUCAGUCCACCACAAAUACUCUUACGGUUGUUGUCUUAAAAGCUCGACACCUGCCUAAAUCUGAUGUGUCUGGACUUUCAGAUCCCUACGUCAAAGUGAACCUGUACCACGCCAAAAAGAGAAUCUCCAAGAAGAAGACUCAUGUGAAGAAAUGCACCCCCAAUGCAGUGUUCAAUGAGCUGUUUGUCUUUGAUAUUCCUUGUGAGGGCCUCGAAGAAAUAAGUGUUGAAUUUCUGGUUUUGGAUUCUGAAAGGGGAUCCCGAAAUGAGGUGAUUGGGCGGUUGGUCCUGGGUGCAGCAGCAGAAGGAACCGGUGGUGAGCACUGGAAAGAGAUCUGUGACUACCCCAGGAGACAGAUUGCUAAGUGGCACAUGCUCUGUGAUGGUUAGCAAUCUCGCAAUGAUUUGGAACUUAAGGAUUUUUACUAGGCAAGGAGCAAGUUUCUUUCUUUCUCUAUUGGAUUGCAACCUUGUGACAGAAAGCUAUCUUUUUGUUAUUGUUGUUGUUAAGAAAUGGAUUGAAUUAGUAGACCAGAAAGUAACUACAAGUGUGUAUCAUGAUAAUUUCCCCCUUUCUCAGAGGAGUUGGAUAAAUUUUCAUAAGAUAUUCAAUUUCCCCUACAGGUUACCAGUGAUAUAAAUAGGAAUAGGCAAGCAUUUUAUGGCUACUGCACUAGAAUCCCAAAUAAGAAAUGUGACAAUUCCAUUGUCACAUGUCACACUAAAUCCAUGUGACCGUUGAAUCUGAGAAUGAGAAGAAUGACUUCUCUUAUGAAAAUUCAUCCAUUUUUCUUCUGGUUGGGGAAAUAAAUUUUUCUUUAAAUCCAAAGAUAUUAAGGAAAUGUUCUCUAGUUUGUUUUUAUUAAUUAUGUUAUAUGUAAAUGCUUGUCCUUCAUAUAAAAGUAUCUGGUCAUUUCUCUUUGGUUUUUAAUUAUUUGAUACAAUUUUAUCAUGAAAGGAAUAACUUUGGGUGCAUUUUAAGAGGAUAGUGAACAAGCUGAAAAAUUAUUUUAUCAAAGGGCUGAGUUGAAAACACUGUGGCUGAAAUACGAUUUUUCUCCCCCCUAAGGUUACAUGUGAGUCAAAAUGUUGUAAAAUAUAACCUCACAUAAGAACCAUGGCCUUGAAUUAUUCACUGCCUGUCACAAGCUUCAGUGUGGCCUAAGAAACCCUUAUUUACCUUCAUGAAGUUGUAGAACUAUCUUUUGGAUAAAGUAAACUUUAGCUAGAAAUCCAGUUAGGAGUGGUGUUUUCUUUUUGGAAUUGUACAGUAUGGAAAUGUACUUUCAAGGCCAUCCUUUGUACCCAGAAUGGGCAUGGCCACCUAAUCUUUAUUUUACUGGUUUCUUUUUUCCCCAGAGAAAAGACUGAGCUACUAUUUGAAAGGAAAAGAAAAGAAAAAAAAGAAAAGACCGUGAACUUUUAUACAUUCCCAGACAGAAAGUGUUACUUAACCCAACAAAGGAAUAAGACUAAAAAAUAGUUAGAGCAAGUCUAAUAUAAUUGACAUAUGUUCACACAAAAUAUACUAACAGACUGUCAAAUUAGCACAAAAUAGAAUGUGUUUCAUUAUCUUUUCUAGGCAAAUUUGUCUUGAGCUGUUGUCUGUAGAACAGUUUACAGACUUGUGUUUUGUAUCCUUUUUCAGUGCCAGGGUUCUGAAAUUCAUUCAAAACCAGUUAGUGUAAAGCAGCACCCUGUGAUCACUUGGAGACAACUAACUUGAGUGUAUUCACUGUAUUUGAGUUCUUAGAGAAGUGUGAGUGGAACUUGGGUGUGCUUGAAUUACUAAAUAUGCAAGUUAGAAAUAAAAUCUACUGAAAAAUUUACAUUUGGGGUCAGGUUUUGUGUCAGUACUUUAGCAGUUUUUGAAAAUGUGUUUGAUAUCGCAGUGUUUGUAAAUUCUAUGACAAUGCAUUUUCCAAAUAACUUACAUAUGCUUUUUAUGACUAUGCCUAAUGUAAAAAAGAAAUGUAUGACAUUCUGUAUGUACAAAGAUCGAAAAUCAACCUCUUUUCUGUGCUUUAAGACAAGUUUGAGAUUAAAAAAAGAGUAUUCCUCAAUCAUUGUCUUCAUUCCACUGCAAAGUCACCUCACAACAUCUUGGUCCACUUGCCAUUUCUGUGAAAGCAACCUGAAGUGAACUAAGGAUAGUCAGUGUGUAGCUGGGGAAGGCACAUGGCCCGCUGACAUAUGUAAUUUUCGAAUCCUGGGCCAUGGGAUGGAAUAUAUUUUGGAGCUCUGAAAAGUUGUGAGGGUCAAGGAUAGGUAUUCAUUGCAGCAGCCAGAAGUUAAUGGUGGUACCAGCUAAAGUAUAGCUGUUGGGAGAGGGAGAUUUUUUUUUUUUUUAAGUGGAACAAUGAAACUAACAACAAAUACUUUUAACAUUACAAGAAAAAAUUGUAAAUAGUUUUUAGCUUUUAAAAUUUAAAGUGUUUUUGAGUGUGAAAAGUUGAGUAAAACUGUUGGGAAGUGGUUUUAAGGAAAGAAAGGAAAUAGAAGAACAGGAUUGAAACAGCCAGGGAGAUCAAUGAUCUCAUCAUUUCUGAAAGUUGUACUGUUUUAUAAUGUAUUACAAUAUCAAUGUGAAUAUCUUGAAUUCUGUUACUAAUUCUGCACUGUAUUAAACAUGUAAAUUAAUUGUUUGUCUGAUUAGCCAACCUAGCCACCCUAAGCGGGAGGUAUACAUGUUUGAGAAACUGUGUAAUUCAGUAACUGACUUGUUCUGAUGUUGUAACUCAAUAGAAGUGAUUUGGAAGGAAGCAUGGAGUACGCGACGGUGUCUGUUCCUUUGUGCCAGCUCUGUAUGAUGUUUGUAAGACCAUGUUUGUAACACAUGAAUAAAUCGCUGCUUUUGCCCAA